UUGCAGGGCCGAAGCUGGGGCGCUGACUCGUUGGGGGCCGGACAUAGAAAUUGACUGUUGGGGCGGUCCAGCUAUGGGGAGGGGCCCAGGUUCCAGAUUAGUAGGAGCUAGGCCUAGGAAUGAAUUCUGUUGGGACAGGGGCAGAUCUUAAGUUAUCAAGGAAUGGAGCCGGGCUACAAGCUCAAACCGAGUGGAAGCGGGUUCCGGGUUCAGGUUCUGGGCAUAGAUUCUAUUGGGGCGGGACUGGGUCGCCGUUUCCUUGGAGGCGGGGCCUGAGUUUAGGUGAUUGGGGGGGCGGGGCCGGGCCCACGACGCAGGCUCAGUGGGAUCGAGACCCAGAUUCAGGUUCUUUUAGGGGCGGAGCCCGGGUCGAAAUUCUGUUGGGGCGGGAUCGCGACCCCGGUUCUCUGGGGGCGGGGCCGGAGCUUAGGCUUCCGUUAGGGCGGGACCGGGCUCAGGCUCGGUGUAGGCGGGGCCCGGUGCGGGCUCGAUGGCGGGGCUGACGUGGCGGCGCCGGGUUAGCGAGCGCUAGCCGCUGUGCGAUAGGGGAGCGGAAGGCCGGGCUCGGCCCUCCCUGCCCGGCCCCAGGCGGCGGCGGCUGAGCUGUAUAAAGCGGGUGGCAGGGAGAAUGUAAUGUCGUUAUGCGGAGGCCGCGGUGGCGGCAGCGGCGACCAAGACGGCGGGGACGGCGGCGAGGGCUCCGAGGGCUCCGGCGGCAGCAGCGGCGGCUCCUCCAGCCCAGCCCCUCCCGGCCCUACGGGUCUCCUCUGCCGGCGGCUACGCGGCGCCUCCCUGAUGGCCCGGCGGAGGCCCGAGCUGCUGUGCGGAGUUGUGGCGGUGGGCUGCGCGCUGCUCCUGGCCCUCAAAUUCACCUGCAGUCGUGCAAAAGAUGUGAUAAUACCAGCAAAACCACCAGUAAAUUUCUUCUCUUCGAGAUCUCCUGUUCUUGAUCUCUUCCAAGGACAGUUGGACUAUGCAGAAUAUAUUCGUCGAGAUUCAGAAGUGGUAUUGUUGUUUUUUUAUGCUCCAUGGUGUGGACAGUCCAUUGCUGCAAAGGGAGAAAUUGAACAAGUAGCAAGCAGGCUUGCAGACCAGGUGCUGUUUGUGGCAGUUAACUGUUGGUGGAACCAAGGGAAAUGCAGAAAACAGAAACACUUCUUUUACUUCCCUGUAAUAUAUCUGUACCAUCGGAGUUUUGGACCAAUUGAAUACAAAGGCCCCUUGCGUGCUGUUUACAUUGAGAAGUUUGUUCGCCGGGUGAUGACACCACUUCUCUACAUCCCCGCUCGGUCAGAAUUACUAGAUUUUCUCUCAAAUUAUGAGCCUGGAGUACUUGGAUAUUUUGAAUUCAGUGGUUCUCCUCAGCCACCUGGUUAUUUGACAUUCUUCACUUCAGCAUUACAUUCAUUAAAGAAAGAUUACCUAGGAACAUUACGCUUUGGUGUUAUCACAAAUAAACAUCUUGCCAAGCUGGUGUCCUUGGUACACUCUGGAAGUGUCUAUUUACAUAGACAUUUCAACACAUCACUUGUCUUUCCUAGAGAGGUAAUGAACUACACAGCUGAAAAUAUUUAUAAAUGGGCUUUAGAAAACCGAGAAAUGCUUGUUCAAUGGCUGCGACCACAUGGAGGGAAAAGUCUUCUCCUGAAUAAUGAACUCAAGAAAGGACCAGCACUUUUUUUAUUUAUACCUUUUAAUCCCUUAGCAGAAAGUCAUCCUCUAUUAGAUGAGAUUACCGAAGUGGCCUUGGAAUACAACAACUGUAAUAAAAGUCAAGUAGUUGAACAACUACUUCAACACCUGAGACAUGUGGAUUCAUCAACAUUGGGUUCUCUGGUAUCCAAUUCCCCAAUCCAACUGGCAGAAUCAUCUUCAAUAACUGAGUCUCCAUGCUGCAAUACUGUGGUGCUUCCUCAGUGGCAUUCCAUCUCAAGAACCCAUAAUGUCUGUGAGCUUUGUGUCAACCAGUCAAUUGGAAUUAAGCCAAGUAAAGUCAAUGUGCCACAGUGCAGUUUUUUUGAGAUAGCAGCAGCUUUGGAUUCAUUCUACCUCAAGGAACACACCUUCUAUCAAGUUACAUCAAAUAGCAUAGAAUGCAGCAAUUUUUUAAGUUUCUAUAGUCCUUUUAGCUACUAUACUGCAUGUUGCAGGACCAUGAGUAGGGGUUUGACUAAUUCUGAAGAGGAUAUCUUUCAGUCCCCUAACAUCGCAUUUUCUUCACAUGAGAAGAAAUGCAAAGCUGAUAACCCAAGUUCUGUUCCUCACAUUGAGGAGAGCAUCCCUCUCUUUCCUGAUGUUGAUAUUAAUAGCACAAGUAUCACAGGCCUGAGCUGCAGGACCAACAAGACCUUGAACCUUUAUCUAUUGGAUUCAAAUUUGUUCUGGUUGUAUGCAGAAAGGCUGGGUGCAUCAAGUUCGACUCAGGUUAAAGAGUUUGCCGCUAUUGUUGAUGUAAAAGAAGAAUCUCAUUACAUCUUGGAUCCAAAACAAGCUCUUGUAAAGCCCACUUUAGGUACUAUAGAGUCUUUUAUUCAGAACUUCAGUGUUCUCUACAGUCCAUUGAAAAGGCACCUUAUUGGAAGUGACAGCAUCCAUUUUCCUUCUCAGCACCUAAUCUCUGAAGUAACAACUGAUACCUUUUGGGAGGUAGUCCUUAGAAAAAAGGAUGUUUUAUUGCUGUAUUAUGCACGUUGGUGUGGAUUCUGUGCAUCUCUUAAUCAUAUUUUCAUUCAGCUUUCUCGUCUCCUGCCUCCAGAUAAAUUUACUGUGGCCAGGAUUGAUAUAGCUCAGAAUGAUCUUCCCUGGGAAUUUAUGGUUGACCAUCUCCCUACCAUUUUGUUUUUUCCAUGCAACAGGAAGGACUUGAGUGUGAAGUUUCCCGAGGACUCUCCCAUCACCCUUCCCAAUCUGCUGAAGUUCAUUUUGCGUUACUCAGACCCCAUUUCUGCUGUUGGGAGCUCAGCUGAUCCACAAACCAAAGAACGUCUUCAGAAUGAGGCAGUAUUACAGAAAGGACACAUAUCCCACUUAGAGAAAGAGAUUCAUAAAUUAAGAGCAGAAAUCACUGCUCUUCAUCGGGCUCAAGCCCAAGUAGAAUCCCAACUUUCAGAUGCCAGGAGAGAUAAACACAGACUACAAAAGCAAAAACAAACACUGGAAAAGCAACAUAGUGUUCUUCAGCUCCACAGUGAGCAAUUAGAGGCCCUCUAUGAACAGAAAACUCGAGAGCUGGAGGAGAUGGCACUGAAGCUUCAAGAAUUAGCAGAUGCAUCAGAAAACCUCUUAACUGAAAAUGCUUUACUGAAAAUCCUGGUGGCAACAAUGGAAGGAAAAUUAGAAAAUAAAGAAUCUGAAAAAUCCAAUACCCUGCAAGAAACACUUUCCCAUGGAACUGACCUCCCGUCACGAGACAACACAAAACUUGUCACUAACAUGAGUUCUCCUUUGGCUUCUGAACAGAAUAAUGAAAAUAGGACAGAUUGAUUUUUAAGCAAAUAUGAAGAAAUCAGAAGGGACAGUUGUAUACUGGGAAGAUAAUUUAUGCAAAUUUUAUUGAAAUUCAUUGUAAAUAAAAAUUUUUCUCAGUGGUCUAGAAAAUCAAA